UGUGUGUGUGUGGUAUAUAUGUCAAUUAAGUAAAUGUAAAAAUGUCAAACAUGACAGAAAAUUUAUGAGAGCUUUCGCGUAAUUUCUGUGAAAGCAUUUAACUUGGCUAGCAAAUCAAUUUAAAAACAAGCGAGAAUUUAUUGCUGCCUGAAUUAAUUUAUGCAAUAAUCAUAAUACAAUUGUUCGAUGAGAAUUAACCUGCAGCUAUGUAAUUGUGUAGUUUGCUACAACUAUUGCGUUAACUAGAACGAGAGAAAAUGUACACCGAUGUACAAGCAAACGAAUUAUCGCCAUUACAGAAACUUUGGAGUAAUUUAACGAUUUCGUGAUUAAUGCUCUCGCUUUAUACAUAUUUGAGAGCUUGAUAAAUUUUGUAUUUAUAUCGAUAUCUUCCCUUGUAUGUGAAAGCGAAAUCAUGGCUGUGUCAAUAAACGAAAUUUGCGAGAAUACGAAACUUGCGCGUGAGAUGGCAUUGAUGGGAAAUUACGACACGUCUGGCGUCUAUUAUCAGGGAGUUGUGCAACAAAUACAUAGAUUACUCGCGACCAUAGCAGACGCGACUCGUAAAGCAAAGUGGCAAGUUGUACAACAUCAAAUUGUCCAAGAGUUUGAAGAAGUGAAAGCUACAUCCAAUACGUUGCAACUUUUCAAAGUGGAUACUCAUGCAGAAAGACUGCUCGGAACAUCCUGUUUGUCGUUUGAAGAACCAACACGAGAUCCUGCAUUGUGGUCUUAUGGCAAUUCGGAACCCUCUUGGAAUCAAACACCAGCUAGAGAUCCUGAUGUAUGGCCACCUUUAACUCCAGCGGAACAAAAGAAUUUAAAGCAGCAAAAGGUUCAACAGAAACAACAAAAUCGGACAAAUGCUAGAAAAUCUAUUGCUACUAAAAAACCAGAUAGUAAGCCUUCUACCAAAAAAGAUGACAAGAAGAUUGUAAAGAAAGAUGAUACCAAUAAGGACAAAUCAGAGACAGAAAAAGAUGUUGAAUUGGAAGAACGCAAAUUUGAGCCAUCUACUACUGAUAAAGAUCUUGUAGAAAUAUUAGAAAGAGAUAUUGUUCAAAAAAAUCCAAAUAUUCAUUGGGACGAUAUAGCAGAUUUACAUGAAGCAAAAAGAUUGUUGGAGGAAGCAGUUGUGCUUCCAAUGUGGAUGCCUGAUUUCUUCAAAGGAAUUAGACGACCUUGGAAAGGAGUACUCAUGGUUGGGCCACCAGGCACAGGUAAAACUAUGCUUGCAAAGGCUGUUGCAACAGAAUGUGGCACAACAUUUUUCAAUGUCUCUUCCUCUACUUUGACAUCAAAAUAUAGAGGUGAAUCAGAGAAACUCGUUCGACUAUUGUUUGAAAUGGCUAGAUUUUAUGCACCCAGUACAAUCUUCAUUGAUGAAAUUGAUUCUCUGUGCUCUAGAAGAGGAUCUGAGUCGGAACAUGAAGCUUCACGUCGUGUGAAAUCUGAGCUUCUUGUUCAAAUGGAUGGAAUCAGUUCCAAUAGUGAAGAUCCAAGUAAAGUGGUGAUGGUAUUAGCAGCAACAAAUUUCCCAUGGGAUAUUGAUGAAGCUUUAAGAAGGCGUUUGGAAAAACGUAUUUACAUUCCGCUACCUAAUCACGAAGGCAGAGAAGCAUUAUUAAGAAUAAAUCUUCGUGAGGUUAAGGUGGAUUCAUCUGUAAAUUUGACAGAUAUUGCAAGGAAACUCAAAGGUUAUUCUGGUGCAGAUAUCACAAAUGUUUGUAGAGAUGCUUCUAUGAUGUUGAUGCGAAAGAAAAUUGCAGGUUUGAGGCCUGAUCAGAUUAGGCAAUUGCCAAAGGAAGAAUUGGAUUUACCUGUAUCUGCUGCAGAUUUUGAUGAAGCUGUUGAGAGAUGUAACAAAAGCGUUUCCCAAGAGGACUUGGAAAAAUAUGAGAAAUGGAUGAGCGAAUUUGGUUCCUCUUGAUACCAUUCUGCUAAGAAAUAAUAACAUAACUCAUUGACAAGCUUGUUGCUCGUAUGUUGACACGAUUAAUAUUAUUUUCUUUAAUAUGAAACAGAGAGUUACUUCUUAAUCUUUAAUCCUAAAUCCUAAAGGACUUUAUUGUAUUCCCUAUAUAUGAGACUUUAAGAAAAUCAAAUUGAAAAAUAAGACUGUAUGAUAGAAAUAAUAAUAACUUGUUUAGUAUUUUUAAUUUCAGUCAUAACUACUACAACUAAACCUAACUUAAUUAUAUCCCACACUAUAACUUAAUUUGCAAUAACAAAUCAGUUGUAAGUAAUGAAGCUUUUAUUCAAUAAUAUUUUUAUGCUUUUAUGUGUAUAUGUGUCUAUGUAUGUGAUUAAAUUUAAAAAUAUCAGUCUAACAAUACGUCUGGAGAAAACAAUA